GCCGCACACGACGAACGUAUCCCCGAGCCACACACCACAACAGAUCUCUCCCAAUUACCUCACAAGCCGGCCCUCCCCUAGCCAACUCCUCAGCCGACUACCCCCGUUUUCCGGUCAGCUUCGCGACAACAAACAACCACUUCGACAAUGGCGUUCCUGAUCCUAGUAAUCGGCGACCUGCACAUACCCGACCGCGCGCUCGACAUCCCCCAAAAGUUCAAGAAACUCCUCUCCCCCGGCAAGAUCGCACAAACGCUCUGCCUGGGCAACCUAACCGACCGGGCGACGUACGACUACCUGCGCAGCAUCGCGGCGGACCUGAAGCUGGUGCGGGGGCGGACCGACGUGGAGGCGGCCGGCCUGCCGCUGACCCAGGUGGUGACGCACGGCUCGGUGCGCGUCGGCUUCCUCGAGGGCUUCACGCUCGUCAGCGACGAACCUGAUGUAUUGUUGGCUGAGGCCCAUCGUCUUGAUGUGGAUGUCCUCUGCUGGAGCGGUGGUACCCACCGCUUUGAGUGCUUCGAGUAUAUGGAUAAGUUUUUUGUGAAUCCGGGGAGUGCGACCGGGGCGAUGACGACGGAUUGGGUGGCUGGUGGCGGUGGGGAGGUCAAGGGGGAUGCGGAGGAGGUGGUGCCGAGCUUUUGCUUGAUGGAUGUACAAGGGAUUUCGUUGACUCUAUACGUUUACCAGUUGAGGAAAGGGGAGAAUGGGGCCGAGAAUGUGGCUGUCGAGAAGGUUACGUACACCAAGCCGGUCGAGCCGACAGGGGCGCCAUGAUAAAUGCGGGCAAGGGCGGUAUGAUUGCAACGGAGAGGUGGCCGACGAUAUUCCUAUCGAGGGCAUCUGAACGACGAGCGUCGGGAGAGACAGAAC